AAUAAUUAUUUCCUUAAGUGCUUGUUAGUUGUAUUUUAAGAGUACCGUGCAAUUAACAUACUCAUAUUGUAAAUUCGCUGUUGAUGUUCUCUUGACUACUGUGCGUUAUUAAGUGUAUUCAACGGGUGGGUGUAACGAAACAUCGCGUAAAAGAAGACCUAGUUUUAGUAGCCCAGAGGAUAGUUUAAAAGACCCACAGAUGGAUGAGUGCAGUGCUGCGUUAGUUCUCAUGAGUUUGUCUGGUUCACCUCAUUCGCCCUAUUUAAGCGGAAUAUCCUGGGGAGGAACGUCCCCAGGAAGUAGCAGUUCAGCGUCCUGGAGAUCGUCUCCAUCACCACCUCCAAGCGAUAUUACAUUAUCGUCAGGUCCUCUGUCCACUAGUGCCGCCUCUGAUGAAGGCAUUGUAGUGGACUUCAUCGAUGAAUAUCCAAGGAAAAAAAAGUUUCAACUGCCCCAACAGACGCGCAAGGUUUUUCAAUGUACUUGGAGGGGAUGUAUGACUACAACGAACAGCUGUGAAACGAUUGAGGCUCACGUUAGAAACGACCAUCUCAAGGAAUGCAGCGAUCCAAUAGCAGAGGGCGAAGAGGAAUUUUACUAUACCGAAACAGAAGUAGAAGUGACACCGACUAGUUCUACCCCCACAAUGCUUCAUCGUGACAUGGCAAGGCCGCCCCACGAAGACCCUGAAUAUCAACGGCAGGUAGUUGGAUCAUUCAGACAGUCACUUUAUUCAGGUCCUAUAAAUAUUCCACAGUCUCCCCAUAAACUUUUAAAGUUGUCUCCACGACCCCACAGUCCAAAAAUGCCCGCUUCACCGCGUCGUGUACGGGGCGAGAAUAAAAAGUGCCGAAAAGUGUACGGUAUGGAGAAUAGAGAACAGUGGUGCACCCAGUGCAAGUGGAAGAAAGCUUGUUCGCGAUUCGGAGACUGACCGUACACUAAAUAAUAUCCCAAUAUUGUGUUCAUUUUGGGGCUAUAAAUAUGAUGUACCUAAGACGAAAUCAAUACUGUGUGC